AUGGCUAAGAAACGUUCAGGAAAGGGUGGUGUGUCUUCCGCCUUGAAAGCUUCCGCAGCUCCUGGAGCUAGAAUCAGUAAGAUUGACAAGUAUGAGGAUACUCUUGAACCGGGAAGUGUAGACGACUUCAUCUUCAAAAGAGAUCAAAUCUCUUUCAAUCCUCAAGACGAUGACAACGAGGACGAUAUCAAUGCGGAUGAAGGAGAAGAAGUACUUUCUUUGAAACUACCCAAGCGGUCUCGUAAAUCAACAGACGAUGAUGAAGGGGAAGAGUAUGCUGAGGAAGAGGAAGUGAAAGGCAAAGCUGUCAAACAACGUAAAGAGAAAUCUAAACCUGAUUUAAACGGUAAAGGUAGAUUUGGAAAAGCAGUUGUAUCAUCAGAUGAAGAUGAUUCAGGAUCAGGAUCAGGUUCUAGUGGAUCAGAUUCCGAUACAGAUGACGAAGCUUGGGGCAGACAGUAUUAUAGUAAACCUUCAAACAGACGUGAGAAGGAAGAAGGCAAAAUUGAUGACGAAAAAAGAGAAGAGGAGAGGGAAAUGGAAGAAAGAGAAGUUAAAAGAUUACAAAGAAAAGCAAGAGAAGUUUUGGAUGCUGAAGAUUUCGGUAUUAUACAAGAUCAUUUCGAUGUCAGCGAGCCAACUGAAAGAACCACACAAGUAGAAAUUCAGACCAAAGCCGUGCCUGCACCUCCCACAUCUGCUGAUCCAGUAGCAUUGUUGCGCCAUCUUCAAGCUCAUGAACCUGUCAAACUUGCUCUGGCUAGAGAUUUCCCUCUAAUAGUGCAAAAGCUAGAAAAGACUUCUAGAGGUAUCAGGAAAAUGGAAGAGCAGAAAGAAGAUGGUGAAUUACAUAAAGGAUUAGGAUGGUUACAUUAUCAAACACUCCUGACUUAUGCCACUACUCUUGCUUUCUACAUUCACGUAUCAUCUCUUCCCCCUUCUGCAAGAAGUGAAAGCGACUUCAACAUAAUACCACGAUUGCUUCAACUGAAAGAAGGAUUGUCAAUGCUUGAAGAUCUGGACUUCGCAGCUGGAUCAGUAUCAGAUGGUGCAUUUGCUCUUCAUCCUAGAGUCGGACUAGGCGAAGAUGAAACUGAUGAAGAGUUGAAAGAAGGUAAAAUGGAACUACUUAAGCGGAUGCAAGGGUUGAACGGAGAUGAAGAUGAUGAGGAGAACGAAUGGGAGGAUGGGGAUGAUGGGGAUGACCUUUGGGGUAAAGAAGGACUGGAAGAAGGAGAACUAGAAGCUUUAUUAGCUGAUGCGGAGGAGGACGAAGCUGAUGAAUUAAGAGAAAUGAUCAAGUUAUCGGAGAAAGCUAAAAAGAAGGGAAAGACACCUAAGAUAUCCAAAGAUGCCGAGGAGGAUGUCAUAAUGGAGGAACCAAAGAAAGAGAAAUCCAAGAGCAAAAAGAAGAAAGCCAAGAAAGAUAAGGAUACUCCAAUCGCUGUCGCUGAAGCUUCGACAAAACCAACAAGUUCAUUUACCCCUCUCGCGGAGCCUGAAUUCUUCAGCUCAUCAAGUAAAUCAAAGACCCCCACGUAUGAUGAUUCGGAUGUUCUAGGUGAUCCUACUGCGUUGGGAUCAGCGGACUACGCAGAUAAACAAUCAAAGAAGAGGACACUUGCAUUCCAUACUUCCAAGAUCAACACGACACUUGCUAGAAGAGCUGAAGGAAGAGCGAAUAGAAUGGGCGGUGAUGAAGAUAUACCAUAUCGAGAUAGACGAAAAGCAAGAGACGAUGCUUUGAAGAGAAAUCAAACACAACAAUCUGCAGGCGAAGAUUUGGAUCUUGAUGAACCAAGACCAGUCAAGAGGUUUAGAGAAGAAAGUCAAGAUGCAGAUGCGAAUGACGAUGCUGAAGGUUACUACGAAUUGGUCAAGAGAAGGAGAAAGGAAGAGAAAGAUGCUAAAGAAGCUGAGCACGAAGGAUAUGAAGCUGAGAAACUGGCCGCUAUUGCAUCCUUGGACGAUCCAUCUCAUGAAGGUGGACCUCGAGCACUUACCCGAGCGAUCGAGAAGAAUCGCGGUCUUACGCCUCACCGAUCGAAAGCCAAAGGAGGUAGAAAUCCUAGAGUCAAGAAGAGACAACAAUAUGAGAAAGCCAAGAAGAAGGUCGCUUCUCAGAGAAGUGUCUAUAAAGGUGGUCAAGGUGCUUAUGGAAGUGACUACAAAGGUGAAAAGACUGGUAUCUCCAAAGUCAUCAAGUCGAGGAAGUUCUAG